AUGGAGAACUCUGUGGCGUCUUUCGUCCUCUACCCCGCGGAGCCCGGGACUCCGAGAGAGGACAGCCUGCCGCUGCCAGAGGAGGAGGAGGGCGCUGCGUCCCCGGCGCAGACACCCUGCAGUCUCAGCUCGCUGUGUUUCAGCUCCGGGGACGACUCCCCGCCGCAGUCUCGCGCCUCUGCCGCGGAGGGCGCCUGCUCGCCUCCUCCUCCUCAUCGCAGCGACUUGCGUGUGGAGACGUGGAGUGCGCGGUCAGCAGCGCCGCCCGGAGUCCCCGGAGGAGUGCGCGCGCCCGAAGAGCCCGCGUCGCGGAGAGCCCCUUCCCGCCACGAGGACGCGCGUCCUGCGGAGUCUCUAGACGAGCUCGGGGAGCCGGUGCCGGUGCCGCCGGGCGGGUCCGCGCACGGAAAACCCGACCUGGUCAUCGAGGUGGCGGGUCGCCGGCUGCGGGCGCAUAAGGCGGUGCUGGCGGCGCGCAGCGACUACUUCCGCGCGCGCGCGUCGGACGUGCUGCGGGUGCAAGGCGUGAGCUUCACGGCCCUGCGGCUGCUGCUGGCCGACGUAGCGGGUGCUGGCGGGCGUGCGCCCGACAACGUGGCCGAGGUGGUGGCCGGCGCGCGCCGCCUCCAGCUGCCCGGCGCUGCGCGCGCCACCGAUGCCAUGGCGCCGCAUUUGAGCCUGGACAAUUGCUACGAGGUGCUGAGCGCAGGCAAGCGGCAGCUGAGCGAGCUGCGCGACGCCGCCUACCGCUUCAUGAGCGACCACUACCUGGAGGUGCUGCGCGAGCCCGCCGUCUUCGGGCGCCUGUCCGGUGCCGCGCGAUCUGCUGCUGCGGCGCCCCUGGGGUCGGGCCGCGCCAGCCUGCUGGCUGCCGCGCGGACCACCGGGGAGCGGCGGGCAGCCGUCGCAGCGCCCGUCGCGGAGUCGCGCGGGGACGCGGCCGUUUAUUGCUACCCAGGCGGAGGCCGGGAGUGGCGCGAGCUGACGCGGCUGCCCGAGGGCGCACCAGCGCGUGGUUGCGGCCUCUGCGUGCUCUUCAACUACCUCUUCGUGGCGGGCGGUGUGGCUCCGGGUCCCGAUGGCCGCGCGCGCCCGUCGGACCAGGUGUUUUGCUACAACCCGGCCACCGACUCCUGGAGUACCGUGCGGCCACUGCGGCAGGCGCGCUCGCAGGUGCAGCUGCUGGCCCUGGACGGCCACCUGUACGCCGUGGGCGGCGAGUGCCUGCUCAGCGUGGAGCGUUAUGACCCGCGAGCGGACCGCUGGACCGCGGUAGCCCCUCUGCCGGGCGCCUUCGCAGUGGCCCACGAGGCUGCAACCUGCAACGGCGAGAUCUACGUGUCCGGGGCUCGCUUGUUCUACCUGCUCAAGUACGAUCCCCGGCGCGAUGAGUGGCAGGAGUGCAUGCCCAGCAGCGCACGAGAGCGCUCUGCUGACAUGGUGGCCCUCGACGGCUUUUAUCGCUUUGACCUGUGCGGGAGCCGCGGUGACGCUCCUGCGGCGGGUCCAGGUGGCGGGGUCGCGUCUUCCGCUACCUUGCUGGCCAAGCAAUGGAGCCAGUGUGCUGUGCACCUGCGGCCCCCGGGCGCCCCAUCGGGCCUGCAGCCCUUCCGCUGCGUCGCCCUGGACGGUACACUACUGUGUGAGCGCGCGGGGACCUGGCGCUACGUGCCUUCUCAGGAUACUGAGGCUGGCGGCGAAAUGGGACCUGGUGGCAGCUUUGAGCCCGAACCAGGAUCCUCUCUGGAUGUCCGGGGCGUACUGUUUCCAUUUGUCAACCUGCCUGAGAAACCGGACCGCGGGGAGCAGGGUGCCGCGUAGGACAGGAUCAGCUGGGCAGCUCCACCGUCCAGCAGCUGGGGGUUGUGUCUGUGC